GAAAAUACACUUUUUAUUUUUUAAAUAUGUCGAUUUUUAACAUGGAAAAAAAUUGAACAACGUUUGCUCGAAAUUUUGGGUUUCCAAUGGAAUCAUGGUUACGGAAUCGUUGAAAAUGUUAAAUAAGUGUUUUAGGGAGUCUGCUUUAUCACAAAUACAAGUAUUUGAGUGGCACAAAGCAUUCAGCGAAGGUCGUGAAGCCAUGCCCCUCUGUUAAUGAAAGAAACUGUCAAUAUCGUCAUGGGGUCAUCAGAGAUACAGAAAUAGUCCACGAGACGGAACUUUUCUCAGAACGAGACAUUGAGUGGUGCGCAGUUUCCUCAAAGUGUAUUGUCGGGCCAUACUUCUUUGAAGAAAACGGUGUAACAGUAACUGUCAAUGGGCAUCGUUAUUUAAAGAUGUUGAGUGAGAUUUUUUACCCUGAUCUUCGCCCUUUCAAUACCGCAACUGCACACAUAGCCAAACCGGUUAUUGCAGAGCUCCAACCAAAAUUUUAAAACAAAUAAAUGUCAAGAAACUCCACUUCAGACUGUUUUUUAUGUAUGUACGAUACGUGCGCCACCCUGCACAUUUACUAAAUACUUUCUUAGUUUUUGUUGUAGUCGCAGCCACAAAAAUAUUGUUCAAAUAUAUAAGAUGCAUGUAGCUAAGGUGACUGUCUUUAGCCAGAUAUUAAGGCGCGUCUAUUCCUGGUUUAUCGAAAUCGUUUCCACGACUGUAUAUCCUUAGACAAAUUGUUACCGUUGGUCAAUUAUGUAGAGGUCAAUUUUGGAUACAUACGAGUUUAGUCUAGUGCAAUAUCUAGAACGAAAGCUUCGCUUCACGGCCGAAGGGGUAAAUGCGAAAGCAUUAUUCAACUCGGUUUAGGAUGUUUACUAUUAACAUUAGUAGCAUUUUAUCGCACUGAACAUCAAUACGCAAUAAAUUUGAAGAAAGUUCAAUUAUACAUAUGUAUAUAUAUAUUCUAUAAUAGUUUGACAAAAAAAAAUGGACUACCCUAUUUGUUGUUUUGUUUAACGUUCAAUACACACUAUUUAAAUUUUGUAUUUAUGAGCUUGUGUAGAGAACGUAUAUAUUAUACCGUAUACGGUAUAUGAUAUACGUUCUUUGACUUGUGCGUAAGGAUGCAUAUACAAUUUAUUUACUCUUUUCUAAUUAUUAUCUUUCUGUUUUGAUUCCUCAGUUUCUUUGUUGAGUUUUAUAUACAUAGACAAUGCUUUUCGUGUUUCUAUGACAUCAUGUUUUAUAUUGCCGCGCUUAUCUAAUAUGCUUUUUUUAUUACCCUCGGUCCACUCAAUUCAUGUACAUAAGUAUGAGAGACACAAACAUACUCGCGUGCAUUGCAAUAACAACUUGUUAAAAGAACCGGCUUCUGCUGUUGACUCUCAUUUAUUUGCCGAGUCCAAAAGUUUAUUCAUACCUAUAUAAGUAUAUAUUAUUUGUAUGUACAUCAAACACAAUUUAGUAUAUUUGUAUGUAAAUGCAUGGAUGUGCUGUAUACCUAGCCAUGUGGGUUUAUUUGUCAUCCGUACUGGACGAGGUGUGCGUUAUAGUUCCGAAUAGCUACUUUACCGUCUCCGUGCUGCGCUCACUCAAUCUCGCUGGUACAAAAGCUUACACAAGCGAAAAAUUCGACAAUUUGAAUUAUUUUCUAGUUCUACUAAUGUGUUAGACAUUCGCUUGUUAUUAGUAGUGCCUUGAGUAUCGUGUUGAACGGUUUGAAAAUAGACGUCCAGAUCUAGAUUCAGUGCAGUAUAUAAAGUUAUAAUUAAAUAUUAUAUAUUUGGUGGAAUAUUUCAAAAAAUAUAUUUUUAAAAUAUAUUCACUAUUUCUAUUUCUUACGUACUCCAUAACACCUACAUACAAAUAUAAGUAACGGUGUGGCUACAUAUACCUGUAGGAAUACCUAAAUAACAUACAGCACGAAAAUGUCGGACGCGGCAAAUGGUGAGUCAAAGUUCGGUUUCAAGGACAAGGAGAAGGCGGAGGAGACUUUGCAAUUGUUAGAAAGCCAUGAUAUGCAGUAUCGGAAACUAACAGUAAGAGGCUUACUGGGACGAGCAAAACGUGUCCUUACUAUGACCAAGGCUGAGGAGAAGAUUAAGAAUAUCAAUGCAGCAAUAGAAGUCUUCGAGAAGUGGCUGGAGGAGAAUGGCGGUGGUGCUGCCAAUAAAAAUUCCAAAACCGACAAAGAAGACAAAGUCGAAACAGUACCUGGCUUAGGAUUUAAGGACAAGGCAGCAGCAGAAGCCACACUGAGGAUACUUCAAGAUCGUGAUCCAGAUUAUCAGAAAUUGGCAAUUAAAGGCUUAAUUGGCAGCUCUAAGCGUGUACUUUCCGGCACCAAAAAUGAAGAUAAAAUCAAGUCUAUUCAAGAAGGUGUCGAGAUAUUAGAAGAUUUCUUAGAAAAGUUUGAAACAGAAAAUUUGAUCAAAAAUAAUCGAGCCUAUCUCGCAUAUGCAGUUAUUGAACAGUUACCCGAAGCAAAAGAUGAGCUAGCAGCAGAAUUUGUCAAAGCCUACGGCGGACCCAAAGCCAAGGGCAAUUACAAGCAUUUACGCACAAUGUAUCCCGAAGGUGAUGACUCGACGUCAUGGGAUAUUAUACGCAAUCGGAAUAUUGCGAAGUUAUUGGAAAAACUUAAGGCUGAGGAAGCGAAAUUAUUUGAUGCUGAAAGUGGUGAGCCGACAGAAAUUCAUCUCGAACUGAUACAUUGGGCUUACAGUCCACAGCCAGACAAAGUGAAGGCGUAUUUGGAGAAGAGUUCAAAGAAAAAGGCUGAGAAACGUAAAAUCGAACGAAAUGACAGCUCUAGCUCUGAUCAAGAUGAUAGUGAGGACCAAGAGGACGAUAGCGAAAACAAUGGGGAAACACCAGAAAAGAAGAAGAAGACGGAAUAAUGUACAUCGAUUUUGUAAUCUAUAAAAUCAAUGUUGAAAGCAAAACACAUGAACUUAGUAUACAUAAAAGUACAUAUAUAAGUAUGUAUAUAUAGACGAUCAUAUCAAUAUUUGCUAAGUAUAUAUAUGCUUACAUAUGUAUACGAGUAUGUACUAGAUGUUAAUCACAAAUAUACAAAGUUACUGUACUUACUCUUUUAAAGUGUUGACAUAUACGUAUGUAUUUUACAUAUCUCAAAGUAUUUCGGAUGAAAAGGUUGACCAAAUAAAGUUUAACUAUCGUAUUCGGGUUUGAUCCCGCAAA